AUUGGAUAAUUUAUUCAAAAUAAAGUGCAAGAAAUAGUAACCAAGUAGAAAAUAUUCAAAAUGAAAUCCUUUGUUUACUACAUUUUCUUUGUGUUCUUCUUUGUUGUCUUAGCAAAUUGUGAUAACCUACAAGACACAUGUCCAUCAAUUUCACCAAAUAAACAAACAACAUUCAUCAAUGGUCUACCUUGUAAAAAUCCAAAUAAUGUAACAGCUCAAGAUUUCAAGACAAUGGAGUUAAGUAAACCUAGUUCGACCGACAUUUUCGGCGCAUCCGUAAAACUUGUCAAUGCUGCUGCAUUUCCAGGAUUGAAUACUCUUGGAUUAUCAAUUGGAAGAAUCAACAUUGAUAAAGAUGGAUUAGUAAAUUUUCAUUAUCAUCCUAGAGCUAGUGAAAUUAUAUUUGUUACAAAAGGUGUAUUAAUAGCUGGAUUUAUUGAUACACAAAACCAAGUUUUUCAAAAUGUUCUCAAAGUUGGUGAUGUUUGUGUUUUCCCUAAAGGUUUGUUCCAUUACAUUCUAAAUCAAGGUUUUGAAGAAGCUAUUGUGUUCUCAGUGUUCAAUAGUCAAAAUCCUGGACAAGUAUCAAUUGUUCCUACAACUUUUGACACAACAUUGGAAUCUUUAGAUAAGGUGAAGAAUAGAAUUAUCUCACUUUCUACUUCUCAACUUCGUGACGAUGUUAUCAGUUAGCCAUUCAUAUUUCUUAAAUAUUAAUAGUUUUAACUUGUAUCAGAUUGAAAAGUGUUGAGUGUCUGAAUUGAAACGUUGAUACAUGUGAUUGUAUUUAAUUAUUUUUUAUUACUCUCUCUUGCCUUAAAUAUAACUAUAUAAGAAGUAAGGUAAAAAAACUAUUCCUAUCAUGUGUUACUUUCAUAUUGUUAUUUUGCGUUACGCUUUUAUGUACCUGAAUUGAUUUGUUUGAGAAACUUACAUUAGGUAAUUGGAUUUGUAAGUUUAGUUUUUUCCAACAAGACUCCAUGUAUUGAGCAAGUGGUUGAUUACAUUCAAACUUCUUCUUGAGAAUGGAAUCUUCAUUACUUGAUUAUGGGUUGAUUGGUGACAUUAUCACUUCAUCUCUCAUAGAGCUAUCAUGCAAUUAUAUUUAAAUA